CCGCGCACAAGGCCUGUUCGGCCCCACGACGAGACCAGAGUGCGCAACUCUCUUGGUGCUGAAGCAAGAAGGAAGCCCAUAUCCACAUCUAUCUACCGUGGCACAGAAGGGAGAGCGAGCUGUUAUUAGCGUGUUGUCGGAAAUACUCCACCAAGCAGCAGGCGGGGGAAGGCUUUUAUAGGUUGCUGCGAUGGAGGUUGAGACGCCGCUAGCGGAGAUGCCGCCACCAAGCGCCGCCACUGCUGCCGUCUCCAACGGAGAUUCCGGUGCCGUGGCCGAGGGGAAUGGGAAGGCGGCGGCGGAAGGGGGUGGGGACAGCAGCAAUGGCGGGGUGGAGCAGCCAUAUCAGGGGAAGGUGAAGGGGAUCAUCUACCCUCCCCCCGACAUCCGGGCCAUCGUGGACAAGACCGCUCGCUUCGUGGCGAAGAACGGCAAGAGCUUUGAGGAGCGCAUCCAGGCCAGCGAGGAGGGCAAGAGCGCCAAGUUCAACUUCAUGCGCCCCCACGACCCGUACUACGCCUACUACGAGUUCAAGAUUCGAGACUUCGAGGAGAACGGGGACGCCCCCAGGGCGGCUCCGGCUACGGCAGCCACCGCGGAGGCCGGAGAGGGUGGGGGGGGGGGCGCCGACGGGGACGAGGACGGAAGCGGUGCUGGUGCCGCUGGGAAGUCGGACAAGAAGGCCGCCCCGGCGUCCGUGUCGCGCAAGGCGGUGAUGGCCCCCAUCGCGAAGGCGGUCAAGUCUCUCAACAAGGCCACCGAACCGAGGGCUUUCGAGUUUAGCGUGGGGCACCCAACGGGACUCACCGCCCUCGACGUCGACCUUAUCAAGCUCACGGCGCAGUUCACGGCUGUGGGGGGGAGAAACUUCCUGGCGGAGUUGGCUAAGCGAGAGGCGAGGAACGAACAGUUCCAGUUCCUCAAGCACACGCACGCGCUCUUCAGCUACUUCACAAGCCUGGUAGACGCGUACACCAAGGUUCUCCAGCCAACAGCGGCGCAGCGGGCGUACGUGGAGUCCGGGCGAGAUCGACAGCAAACGCUGGAGCGGUGCGUGCACCGGUGGGAGUUCGACAGGGAGAAGAAGGCCAAGAAGCAGGCCACCCUGGCAGCGGCAGACGCCGACAGGAUAGCCUUCCGGCAGCCAGAGGCAGAGGAGGAUGAUGACGAGGACAUGGACAUGGACAUGGACGAUAGCGACCAGGAUGAUGACGAAGUUCCGCCGCCGCCCCUGCCGCCCGGCCCGCCGCCGCCGCCCCAGCACGGCGAGGUGGAGGAUGAUGACAUCCACGUGGUGACCGACUACAAGCCGGGAGUCGCCACCGGCUCCGCCACGGCCUUACCAACCAUGGUCAUCGACCCCAUCACGGGGGCGACGGUGGCCGCGUCAGAGCUGUCGGAUCACAUGCGGAUCCAGCUCAUGGACCCGAAGUGGAGGGAGGAGCAGGCCAGAGCGGCGGCGAAGCAGAAGGACACCGCUCUCGCGGAGGGAGAGUCUAUCGCGGCGUCGCUCAAGUCGCUGGCGAGGAAGCGCGGGGAUAUCUUCGGGUCGGCGGAGGACGAAGAGCAGCAGCUGCUCAACGAAUCAAACGCGCGCAAGAAACGGAAGGAGGAGGUGACACGCGUGCUCUGGGACGGCAACAUCGCCACGGCCACCGCGGCCCGACAGGCCGCCCUCCAGAAGCAAAUAAACACCCCGAGAUCGGCCCAACGAACCGGCCCCAUCUCCAACAUCGGCCCACAGGUGCCCGGCAGGGGCGGCGGCGGGGGGGGCGCGCAGAUGCAGUCGCUGCCACCGUUGCCCCCGGGGAACCCUCCGCCGCCGCCGCCGCCGCCGCCGCCUGCUGAUGACGAAGAGGAAGGGGAUGUGCCGCCCCCGCCACCCCCGCCAACGAUGCCCCCGCCGCCUCCGCGGUAACUGAAGGAGGGUAAAACAAUGCCUUUGGGUUUCCCCGCGGCGGGGUGAUUUGGAUUGGGCGGCGCCGGGGACGCUGGUGGAGCGGCCCCGGGAUUGGACGGGUUGGCUUGGUUCUAAUUUGUUGCUUGGAGGAGGAGGAGGAUAGAGAGGGGAGAGGGUAGGCGACAGGGUGAGGGAGAGAAGGAAGGGGGGGGUCAAGGAUAACCUCCAUGCCGGAGGCGGCUUUUGGCGGAAGGCUAUACAGGGAGAAUGUGAUGCUAAACGGAGGCGCCUGAUCGUUUGGAGAACCUCCAUGCCGGAGCCGGCUUCUGGCGGAAAGCCAUGCGGGGAGAAUGUGAUGCUGAACGGAGGUGCCGGAUCGUUUGGCGCUCUCCGUCUGUGGCGUUUAAGCUGCUCUGGGCUAGGCCGAGGUGAUCAUGUCGGUCUUUGGGGAGAGGGAAUGGUUGGCGCCUCCUGUGGAGGAAGUGGCUAGAAAGGGGGGAAAUUGGAGAGGUGACGUGAGGUGAGGGUGGAAGGCCGCGCCUCAGUUAAUCGAAUACCGAUGACACGGAAAUCGAAACAAAGCGCAUGCAUGCACCAUCAAGAAAAGUUUUUUUUUUCCUAUUUACAAUAAAAAAGGAGAGUCGGUUGGACGAAGAUUGGAUUCGCCGAUCGAAGAUUCCUGUAAACUCGUUUCGGCGGAUGGUUCUCUGCUGUUCGUGUAAGUGGAUUAUUUGCAGUGAACGCUGGCCGCGCAAAAUGGUCUAGUAUAAUUAUCCAUAGUACAAUAGUCUUUGGGGUCUCUCGGCGUGACAGCGACAAAACAAACAUCCCUUAUCGCGAAACCGAAGUCCCAUUGGUCGUAUCGGUAUGCCAUGCUUCGGAGAACAUCGUUGAAGCGUAUUUCAGAAGGCUUGCGGUUUUCUACCAAGUAUUCAAGUACUUGGGAUGAUAGUGGCGUGGGAUGCUUCCCGAGGAGCAUGCGUGUCGCUUCGGUACGGCUUUGUUGUUUUGUCAUGUUGUGAUGUGCAUCUGCUCUUCUUGCGGGGGUAUCGUCUACGCAGAACACACCGAAAUGUCCUGCCCUCGCUGUGGUCAUGCGGGUGUAUCCCUCGACGGGCAGGCAUGGUGUGAUGUCAUCAUCUUAAUCGGUCGUGUUUUCCGUACAGCAGCACUAGUACGUCAUGUCGGCAUGGCUUCGACGGCACGGAUCAGUUGUGUAACGCCAGAGCAACGCCAAGAUGAGCGUUAUCGCCCGCCACCAGUGGAUGGUCUGUCUGGUGGUUUGCAAAGUCGUGGGCCCGUCAAGGCGGAAGCACGUGUUGAAGGGGUCGGGAUUUUUGUGCCGGUGCCUUGCUCUUUGAUCCACCGGCAGCUUGAAUGGCACCGAAGCAAAGAUUGCGCAGAAGCACCGGGAUCGCGUAGGCGGGCUCUGGCGCAAAGGAGUGUACCUGCUGCAGCAAUUUGCCUCACGAGUCUAAUCGACUAUGUCCAAAACGGACGACUGCAAUCCGACUAAGGCUGAGUAAGGCACGUUUUACGAAACGCAUUUAUGACGGCGGCUCACCCACACGCAUUCAAGAACUGCAGCUGCUGUGUUCUUUUUUGUUGGUGUCGCUGCGCAGAAGCACCGGGAUCGCGUAGGCGGGCUCUGGCGCAAAGGAGUGUACCUGCUGCAGCAAUUUGCCUCACGAGUCUAAUCGACUAUGUCCAAAACGGACGACUGCAAUUCGACUAAGGCUGAGUAAGGCACGUUUGACGAAACACAUUUACGACGGCGGCUCACCCACACGCGUUCAAGAACUGCAGCUGCUGUGUUCUUUUUGUUGGU